CAGUGCCACGCCAACACCUCGACAUGCACGGGCCAGCUGAGCGUGUGUGACUUUUUGCUUUGUCGUCGUUAUUGUUGACUGCAGGGGGCUAACAUUUGCAACCCGCGGCACAAAAUAUAUAUAUUUUUAAUCAAAAUGUAAUUUAACAAGAAAACUGGAAAAAAAAGCAAAAAUUAAAACAUCAGCUGUAAUUUUACAAGAAUAAAGUGAAAAUAUUAAAAGCAAAAAGCUGCAAUUUAACGAGAAAAUGUUGCAAUUUUGCAAGAAUAGCGUUGGAAGAUUAUGACAAAAAUUGGGGGAUUUUGGAAAAUUAGGUUAAAGUUAAAGUUAUAUGUGAGUUUAAAGUUAUUAAAAAGUCAAAAUACUACGAGAAUAAAGUCCUAAUUAUGAGAAGAAAAUGUAAAAAAAAAAAAAAGUAAAAAAAACAGUUGUUAAUCUAGAACACUUUAACGUAAAAAUAUGAAGAGGAAAAAGCCACAACUCUACGAGAAUGAAUUAAAUAUUGUGAGGAAAAAUAAUGUCAUUUUAGUAGCAUAGAAUUGAAAUAUUAAAGAAAAAAAAUGUAUUCUUUUUUUCAGGUUGUAAUAUUAUGAGAAACAAAACAAAAGUUGUCAAUUUUUGGAGAAUUAGGUUGCGGAAAAACUUAUGAAACAAGAAUAAAGUAAUAGUUAUGAGAAGAAAAUUUACAAGAAACAAGUUGAAAUAGUUGGAAGAAUACAGUCUAAAUAUUACGAGGAAGAAAGUCACAAUUUUACAAGGAUAAACUAAAUAUUGUGAAGAAAAAUAAUGCCAUUUUGGUAGCACAGAAUUGAAAUAUUAAAGAAAUAUAGACAUUAUUUUUUUCAAGUCGUAAUAUUAUGGAAAAACAAAACAAAAGUUGUAAUUUUUGAAAAUUAAAGUUGCCGAAAAGGUUAUGAUACUAGAAUGAAGUCAAAAUAUUAUGGUAAUAAAGUCAUAAUGAUAUCAUUUAUAAUUAGAAAUUUACAAGAAGGAAGUUGAAAUAGUUGGGAAAGAAAACUGCAGAAAUGGAAAAAAAAAUGCUGUGAUUUCACAAGAAUAAAAUCACAAUAUUAAGAGAAAAAAAGUCAUAAUAUUAUCAAAAAUUGUCAUUUUAGUAGAAUAGAGUUGAAAUACAAUACAACAAAUAUUAUAAAUACCAUAUAUAUUUUUUAAAAGUCGUAAUAUAAGAAACACAACAAAAUAAAAUUGUAAUUUAUGGAAAAUUAGGUUGGGGAAAAAGUUAGAUUACAAGAGUAAAGUCAAAAUAGUACAAGAAGGUAUAAAUACGUCUUUGGGGUUAGGGUCAAGGUUAAGGGUUAGGGUUGGGGUUGGAGUUCUGGUUAGGUAUAAAUACAUCUUUGGUAUUGAAUGAGUUAAAACUGCUCUCCUCAUGGAGAAGUUGUCCAUACUGUCACCUAGUGGUGUUUUAUUGGUACUGCUCGGUUCAAUCAGUGUGGUGUAGUGGAUAGUAAGCGUAUCUAUGGGAUGAUCUCCUUGGGACAAUUGAUUUAGUAUGCACGUUUCAUGUCUGCUUUUAUGGUUAUCAUCACUCUUUUCCUAAUGGCAGACAUCUGGUUUGAUUAUUUUGGUUUCAUUAACUUUUCAAGCAUAUUUUUUUUCCCAAACUCUUUGGUUUGAAGCCUAUCGACUAAAUAAAAUAGCGUUAGGAUUGACGCCAGUGGUUACGUCGCGUUCCUUCACGUCUUGUUCUAGCACAGAAUACUUUUAAGGUUGCUCGUCACAGAUAAUCUGGUUUUAAGCUCCGGGAUUUAAAAUCGGCCACAAAAAGGAUGCGACGCAUUACAGGAGAUUUACUUCCUAGUGAUCUGGGUCAGCCGGCUGCUGAUGUUUGUCUUUGACAGUGAAAACAACACACACACACACACACACACACACACGAGCUGAUGACGCUGCAGCGAGGUGAUGCUAAGACGUGACGCUUACACGACCUACAGUACACACAAUGUGAUGUAGAAGCACUUAAACAUUCAUUUGUGCGCUCUUCCUGUCCAGCCAGGAUGCGUGCUAUAGUGCACCUCUUAACUCAUUCAUGCAUAAUGGCCCGCAGUCUCGGGGCUGAUCAUCCAUCCAUCCAUCCAUCCAUCCAUCCAUCCAUUAACUCUAACCCACAGCAUUAACGCGAGCGACCCCAUCGUCUCCGACGCUUCCACCCUCGGCUUCCAUCUGAAGCAAAACACAUCACAGCCACGCCCGCAUUGUCCAAAACGAUUCAUCCCUCCCCCCAGCGGCAACGGCGCUUUGCUAAAACACGUCAUUUGCGUGUGGUUGUGACUACGUCUUGUUUCCAUCACGGUGACAGUUUGACCCUGGAACAGAUGAUUGCGGUUUGCAUUAUUUCCUACGGAAGAAGAGCACAAAAAAACCCCAAAACGAAUGAGCUACAGCGGAGGCAAAGUUCUGUCGUGUCCUUUCUCAGCAAUGAUGACGCACUGUGUGUGUGUGUGUGUGUGUGCGCGUGUGUGUGUGUGUGUGCGUGUGUGUCCAAGGACAAGUGCAUCUGAUGGAGAGGUGAGUGUGCCAUCAUUGCAGAUGGAUGAAGAAAAUAUGUCAGCUGCCCUUUAAUGUCUUCAUUCAUCAGUCAAAGCGUGACUGCACUUUCCCUCCCUGCUGACGUCUCAUUCGUCUCCCAGGUGACCCACCUGUCACUGCUGCCCUCCGGUGGCUGGAGUAAUUAUCACGCCUGUUGCAGUGUUGAUGUUUUUGGUUCUUUCUGGAUGUGCUCUUUUUUGUUUUUGUUUUGGGGGCUGACAGGACAGGACAGGACAGAACAGAACAGAACAGAACAGAACUUUUGGGUUCCUUCCAGCUGCUCUGUGACACAAAGCGACGACUUUGUGUCACAAAACGAGACACGGGCAGCCGGCCGCUGCGCCUCAAUCGUCUCGUUGUCCUCAUGGAAACUUUCCGGCUAUUUUGGCGAUGAGGGAAAUGUCAUGUAUGUUUGGCAUUUCCUGUUGGGAAACAGGUCACAUGUCCUCUGCCCUGUCUCCCAUUCAGGCGCUUCUAUUCAUCUUCUCUUGGAUGCUGCUGUUUUUGAAGGACUUAUUGCAAAAACACCAGUCAAAGAUCCUCUAUAUGACAGGAGCGCUGUGCUGUUGUUAAGGAUCUAUUGUAGUCGUGCUCGUCAAACAUCAGACAAGGAAGCAACAAUAGAAAAAAAAGAGCACCAGAAGCCAAAAGGAGACGAGCUACUUUGUAUUCAGUAUGAAAGAAAACCCCGUUAGCUCAGUGUUGUCGUCUGCGGUCAUGCAUCACUUUAGUCAAGGGCACGCUGCCACUGACAUGCGGGAUUAGCGAGCACGGCAAACUCUACAAUAUCUGUUGCAUAAUCCUGCAUAGAUUAUGCAAUGCUGUGCUGACAUCUUUGCUGCGCUCUGCACAAAUGUCGUGCAGCGUCUCCUCCUUUAACCUUGGCUGACUGGUCUCUCUUCACCGCAACCGUCCUUCAAUGAUGGCGUCUAGAACCGUCCUUCAAUGAUGGCUUCUAGAACCAUCCUUCAAUGAUGGCUUCUAGAACCAUCCUUCAAUGAUGGCUUCUAGAACCAUCCUUCAAUGAUGGCUUCUAGAACCAUCCUUCAGUGAUGGCUUCUGGAACCAUCCUUCAAUGAUGGCUACUAGAACCAUCCUUCAAUGAUGGCUUCUAGAACCAUCCUUCAGCGAUGGCUUCUAGAACCAUCCUUCAAUGAUGGCGUCUAGAACCGUCCUUCAAUGAUGGCUUCUAGAACCAUCCUUCAGUGAUGGUUUCUGGAACCAUCCUUCAAUGAUGGCUUCUAGAACCAUCCUUCAGUGAUGGCUUCUAGAACCAUCCUUCAAUGCUGGCUUUUAGAACCAUCCUUCAAUGAUGGCUUCUAGAACCAUCCUCCAAUGAUGGCUUCUAGAACCAUCCUCCAAUGAUGGCUUCUAGAACCAUCCUCCAACGAUGGCUUCUAGAACCAUCCUCCAACGAUGGCUUCUCCUACAUCUUUGGUUUGCAUGAGGUUUAUGUCAGCCCUCCAUUAUUAUUCAUGAAUAUUCAAGGAUUUACUCGGGAUUAUUAGCAGCGAUGACAGCUGACCCAUGAUUAACGCAAACCAUAACGGCGCCUUUUGGGGAGAAAAGAGAGACAAUAUCGCUAAUUGGGGCGUAGAUUAAAGAGAACGCUUAGAGAAUAAAAUAACUGCUUCCAAUGCGCUCAUUAGAGCACCCCCUAGUGGCCUUGUCACAAACGAAAGCUUAAAUGUAGCAUCUGUACAACAUAACACAUGCUUAUUUCCUUUGUCUUUUGUCCAAAUAUAUGUUGUAAAAAUCAAAGACAAAAAAUAUAAUAAAAACUUUCGUGCAACGUGAGACUAAAAAAGCAUUCCCAAUGUUUCCCGGGUGACACUGAUGUACACAGCAUGUCUUACGUUCCAGUCAAUGCAGCAAAGUGGAAUAUUCUAUACCAAUAAAUCCAGUAUAAGAAUUAUUACUUUAUUAGAGUUAUAAUUCUUUUCAUCAAUAGAUAUUAUUUUUUCCCAAUAAAAAUGAAUCAGCAACAAUAACCAUUUGCUAUCAGUGUGUUAUUGUUGUUGUUUAUCUUGAACUAGUAGUGGUAAUGAGGCCACACUACAUCUUUCAUAACAUCUCCUAAACACAGUUGUUAGAGCUGUCAAAUGAUGACACAUUUUCAUCACAGUAAUUAUGGUUUUUAAAUGAAUUUAUCACGAUUCAUCUCCAUUAGCAAGUAUGUCUCAAGUAUCAAGUAGCAAGUAUCACACUUUAAACCGUGUUAUUAUGAGCAAUGAGGGGUUGCCACCAAAGACAUCCCGUAAUAUGAGGUAAAUUUACUAGUUUUCAGUGUAUUUUCCGGCAUACUUCAAUGUAGCAAAUUCUACAUCCGGAUUAAGCGUUACCACGUGAGUGAUAAGAAUAUCCACUUCAUGUUUUUCUUUAUCUUCCUGUUCAUUUAUGAAUAAACACGCGCAUUGUGAAGCAUUUUGUGUGAUGUUCCGAGUGUCCCUUAACGCAUCUCGCGUUCUUCUAACGGCGAUGAGGAAGUGUCGUUGCCUCGAGACGUGUGUGCGCUGGACAAACAGUACAUACAACACCUGGUGAUGGAAUUGCACUGCUGUUGAUGUGUUCAGCGUCGACGUGCGGCGGCGCGUGCGUGGAAGUGGACUCGGACACGGAGGCGGUGGCCAACCAGGGCUUCAAGCUGGGCUGCAUCUCCUGCAAGAUGAGGGGGGAAGUGAAGGCCACAGCCAGCGUCACCUGGUUGUUCAAGGCCGACGGCGACACCGACUUCUCCCACCUGUACAGCUACGAGGAGCAGCGGGGUGAGGUGAUAGACCCGCGUUUCGCCAACCGUCUGGACUGGAAAGGCAGCAAGCACACGGACGACCUUCAGGACGGCUCCAUCUACAUCACGAAUGUGACGUACGACGACAUGGGAACGUACAAGUGCAUCUUCAACCGCCUUCUCAUCUACUCCAACUACGUCUACGAGACCAACCACAGCAAGAACAUCACGAUCAAGGUGGUGCCGCGAGUGACGCGGGGUAUGGCGUCCAUCCUGUCGGAGGUGAUGAUGUACGUGUCCAUCAUCGGCUUGCAGUUGUGGUUGGUGGUGGAGAUGAUCUACUGCUACAGGAAGAUCUCCGCGGCUGGCGAGGAGGCGCUGAGAGAGAGCGCCUUGGGAAACAACUGGCGCAGGAACGGAUUCUCACAUCCACCUUCAUCAUCGCCAUCCUCCCCACGUCACGCCAACAAGGAUCCACGAAAGCCCCACUGACCUCCUGUCACAACAACAAACCUUGUGUGUGUGUGUGUGUGUGUGUGUUUGCGUUGCAUGCUCACCACAAACAGCAGCGAGGUUUUUCUAGUCUUCUUCCUGUUUGACGUUUGAAAAAACAGCUUGCUUCUUUGUGGAAAGGAGGCAAGCAGUAAAAAGAACAACGUGGAGAAGACGCAGCCCCAAACAUCCGUGUGCAGACAUUCACAUGAAGAAUACUUCCUCUUCCAAGCAGUAUUUCCUGCAACGUUAACACAGAAAUAUUUUCUAAAAUUGGAUUUGGAGGCCCAAAAUUUGACUGAAAAAACUCUUUCAAUAAAUACAAGCCGUAUUUAAGAUUUUACUUGAAAUUGGAGUUGGUUGUACAGUAGUCAUGAAAAACAAGUACAAAUCAAAUAAAACAAAAAUGAUUAAAAAAUCUGUCCAACCACGUAACAGUUUAGACUUUUGACAAUUAUGUGAAUUAUGCAAGAAUUUUCCAUCUGUUAAUGUACUUUUUACUCAUAAAACAUGAAAGUUGCUUUUUACUCCUUCAAAAACAUUUGAAAUCAUUUCCAUUUAAUUGAAUGUGACCUUUAACUCAAACAACUAACUUACGCACAUUUACGAGAAAAAUGUUGUUUAAAAAAAGUCGUACAUUCAUAAGAAUAAAGUUGUACAUUUACAAGAAAAAAGUCAGAAAUAAAGUUGUAAACUUACGAGAAAAAAGGGAUGCACUUAUGAGAAUAAAUUUACAAGAAUACAGUUGUACAUUUACGAGAAGAAUGUUGUACAUUUACGAGGAAAAAAGUCGUAAAUUUAUGAGAAAUAAAGUCAUAAAUGUAUUACUUUUUUCCUUGUAAAUUUACGACUUUAGUCUUGUAAAUUUAUACUCGUAAAUUUAAAACUUUUUUCUUGUAAAUUUACAACUUUAUUCUCAUUAAAUUUACAACUUUUUUUUACAACUCAUAAAUUUAUAAGAAAAAAGUCGUACAUUUCUGAGAAUAAAUUUACAAGAAUAGUCGUAAAUUUACGUGAAUAAAUUUACGAAAAUAAGGUUGUCAAUUUGUGAGAAAAAGUUGUACAUUUACAUGAAAACAAAGUUGUCAUAUGACCUUUGCUCAAGGCCAAAGGUCACAUAAGUCCCCCCUUUCCAUAGCUGUCUCAGGCAAUGCCUGUCAUGACGGAGUAUUCACGUAAUCUGAGAUUUCAAGAAUAAUGUUGCAAAUUUACGAGAAUAAAGUCGUAAAUGUACGAGAAAAAACUGGUAAGUUUAUGUCGCAGGCAUUGCCAUAGACAUGCUAAUCUAAAUGCUCAACUGCUAUGUUUUGCUGCCACGUUCUAAAUAAAAGCUUGCCUGAAGCCGGAGGAAAGUGUCCUUCCUUCCUGAAGAGCUACGCUCUAUUCUCCCUCUGACACGUACGACACAAUCAAACCUAAUAUUAACAAGUUAUUCACAGAAAUGUACGACUUUAUUCUCAUAAAUUUGCAAUGUUUUUCUCGUAAAUGUACAACUAUAUUCUCAUAAAUUUACAACUUUAUUCUCAAAAUCUCAGAUUUUUUCCCCCCAAUGUGGCCCUACAACUCGUAAAAACUACUAGAGCAGCAACACCAAAUAUUCUGUCUUUGUUGCUAUUCUUUUUUUUAUAUUUACACAACACUUUUAAAAAUAUCUCAAACUACAAAUUGUCUUUAAAAAAAUCCACCGUUAGAGAGAGCUGUGGACAAAGUUGGGGUGAGGGCUCAUUAUGCAUGACGUGCAUGUGUCACCUUGUAACUGUUACACACACACAUACACGGUGUCUUUGUAGAAACUAAGGGCUGAGACAAAUAGCUGUCAAUCAAAUAAACUGCCGUGGACGAGAGCUCCACACACAUAAAAAAAAAUACAUUUCCAGUGUGCCUCCAGAGGGAAGCCAGUGGAAACCAAACGAGCCUUGAUGCAAAUCUCCCACUUUUUAUAGGAAAUUAUAACCAUAAAAAAUGACCAGAGGUGUCCACCAGAGGGCAGCAGAUCACUGCCGCCAUGAGUUGAACGGUCAAUUAGCCAGGAUGAUUACUGCCAUCUCUCUUCAUGUUUGUCCAAUUCGUGUUUGUCUUGAGUGAAGUUUACGCAAAUAGAAAUGACUUUGAGGCCCUCUGCGAGUCAAAUAUGUUGACAAGAAUCACUAGUGAAAACCAAAAAGCUCACUGCCAGUCUGUGCUCGUCUUCAUUUUCAUAUAAACGUGUAUGUGCAGAAAACACUAAUAAACUUGUUAUGCUAACAUCAAA